UUGCACCAUGUACAGUGAGGGACACAGACACCCACUCAUACCCACGCACACAAACAGGCAUCCCUGUAAACAUACCAACUCACAUUCUCUCACAAUCUCCAUUGAACCAGCACUAGAUCCCCUCACACACAUACGCCCGUUGCAGCCAGUGCAUGCGAGCAGGCACACACACAAUCUCUUUUUAUCGGCUUCCCUCUGCACACGAAAGCUGUCCCACUCCGCGCAUACUAGACCUGAACGUUAUUCUGCUGCGGGAGGCACGGGACAGUCCAGGCUCUGAAAAUUCAUGCAAACAACCAGGUUAACGUUGAACCGCAACUAAAAUCGUGAAAUAUAUAUAUAUAUAUAUAUAUAUAUAUACAUAUAUAUAAUAACGGGACCGGGCACACUGCUGCAUUCAUCACGUGGACAGAAACAUACAGACAGACGGGUUUCUGGAAUCGGGUCUCUCGAGCUGCAUGCAAGCUCCGUCCGCCGCCUCCGCGCGCAGAAUGCAGCAUCCCCUGACAGGAGGAACGUGCGUCGCGCUGCCGAACGUAGACAUGGCCUGUCCUCAGCUGUCCUGCGCUGCGCUCACCUUCAUGUACCUACAGCAGGGUAACCAGGAAGCCCCUCCCCCUCCAGACUCGAUGACUCAACCAUACGCCUCUGCCCAGUUUGCCCCCCCUCAGAACGGCCUGCCUGCUGAUUACAGCACCCCCCACCCCCACCCUGCCCCCCCUGACUACACAGGACAGGCCCCUGUCAGCGAGCACCCCAUCAACCUGUACCCCCCCUCGCAGAACCACUCGGAACCAAGCGGUCCGGACAACAGCAUACAGACCGUUUCAGCUACGGCCACACAGACAGACGAGGAGGCGCAGACAGACAAUCAUCAACAGAACCAGAUAUCUGACAGCUCGGACUGUAAGACACAACCAAAACGGCUGCAUGUCUCCAACAUCCCCUUCAGGUUCCGGGACCCUGACCUCAGGCAAAUGUUUGGCCAAUUCGGUAAAAUCUUAGACGUUGAGAUCAUUUUUAACGAGAGGGGCUCCAAGGGUUUUGGGUUCGUGACAUUCGACCAUAGUACAGACGCCGACCGGGCACGGGAGAAGUUACAUGGCACGGUGGUAGAGGGGCGCAAAAUAGAGGUCAACAAUGCAACAGCACGGGUAAUGACCAAUAAGAAGACUGUCAACCCCUAUGCAAAUGGCUGGAAGUUAAACCCAGUAGUUGGGACAGUCUACAGUCCAGACUUCUAUGCAGUACCGGGCUUUCCCUACCCAGCAGCCAGUGCGGCUGCGUUCAGAGGGGCCCAUCUAAGAGGUCGGGGGCGAACGGUCUACAACACAUUCAGAGCAGCUGCACCCCCACCCCACAUCCCUGCAUAUGGAGGUGUUGUUUACCAGGAUGGAUUUUAUGGUGCAGAUAUUUAUGGUGGUUAUGCUGCCUACAGAUAUGCUCAACCUGCUGCCACAGCUGCUGCCUACAGUGACAGUUACGGAAGAGUAUACGCUGCGGACCCCUACAACCACACACUUGGUCCAGCUGCCACAUACAGCGUUGGUGCCAUGAAUGCAUUUGCCCCACUGGCUGAUGCCAAGACAAGGAGCCACGCAGAUGAUGUGGGGCUGGUGCUUUCCUCCCUGCAGGCUAGCAUAUACAGAGGAGGGUACAGCCGCUUCGCUCCGUACUGACUUCCUGCACCCACCUACCCACAACCCGGCAACAACCAAUCCACAACCUUCCUGACAGGGAACACAAAGAACCAACCAACCAGUGUGUGUGUUUGUGAAAAAGAGUGUGAGAGAGAGAGAGAGAGAGGAGAGAGUGAGAGAAAUAAACUUCUUCCGAGGCCUGGGUAUUGCAAUACAUGCAGCUGUGCAUCAUUUUAGCAUCUCCUCAGAAAGCGGGCGGGAAACAAAACAAACAAUAACGGAUAUUUUCCAUCUUAUACCUCAGAUAUUUUGUGCUGUGUAUUUUGAUAUUGUGGGUUUUUAAUUUCUAAAGUUUAAACAAUAGAUUGUCUCGGCUGUAGAGGUUUCCAUGGUGAUAGAGAUAUAGAAGCUGCUAGAUUUAAAAUGUAACAAUAUAAAACGAUUUAUUUGAAUUGUUAGGGCUUGUAUAAAGACAAACUGAUCCUGAUUCAUCAUAGAAGUAGAUGUGUGAAUUGUAGAUAGUUGGCAUCCAGGCCACUAGUGUUUUCAUUAGAUCACUACGAUUGGAUCGUACGUCACUCCAAGCCAAAGGUCAAAGUUGAAGAUGUUCUCUGGGUGUUCUAUCCAUGUACAAACACGUUUUACAAAGAGGACCUCAAAGAGUUAUUUGUAGAGGACGAAAUGGCCCCUAUUCCCUUUAUGGUCAGGGCCUAUGGGGACCCAGAUAGGGUUCUCUGUGGAAGAGUAGUGAACUAUUUAGGGGAUAAGUUGCCAUAGGCGACGGCGCCAUUCUCCAUGGUUACUGUUGAAGCCACCAUCUAGCUGUAGUCCAACCCUCCAUUCAUAAAAAAUUCAAGUGAUAUUAUUAAUACAGAUGUUGUUUUUAUAUGACUUCCGGUAGAUCGAUUGAUAUAAUUGAUUACUUUUAUAUUAUGGGGGAGAUAAAAGCAGAACAUUUAUGCAGUGUCAGAACACACUGUCUCUAUUUUUUGUUCUUUCUGUUGUUUAAUCUUUUCAAAAACAAUAGGACUGAUUAUUUGGACCUGAUGAAAGUUGGGUAAAAAAAUGAAGAUAAUAAUCUACCAACUGUGUAUUUAUUAACACAUUCGAGCUGUGCAGUGAAGAUGUUCUCUUAUACAAAACACACAACUGUAUAAUGUUUUACUGUAGAUUUAGACUAGCAGACCAACUCUUAAAGAACGCAUUUUCAUUUUCUAGUAUGACAUCAAAAUCUUCAUACUUACCAAGUAAUGCAAUCAUAAUGUAUAUAUUAUCACAGUAUUUUUGUCAACUGUACUAUUUUGCACACACACACACACACACACACACAACCUGCCAGUUUCUCAUCCCUACUACUUGGCUUGUAAAACACAUAAUCAGUGCUUGUAUGUUGUAUGCCCUUCUGGUACUUUUGAGUUAGAUUGAUUUGUCUUAGAUUCUGUUUUGAUAGCAUUUUCUUUUAGUGAACCUGUGUAAUGUUAUUUUCUGGAACUCAGCCUUCACACAUUGACACACAGUACUGCUUGAUCAUUGAGAAAUGACAAUUAUAUGACUUGUGAAAAAGACGAUCUAUAUGUAAAUAUGAAGAUUAUGCUGUUGUUGAUUAAAGUGCUCCAGAGGUGAGCAGAGAGGGAGAGAGGAGACCCCCAUCAAUAUAUACCCCUAUAACUCACCUCAAAUGGGGAGGAAGGAGACCCCUAUCUCACCUCAAGCAGCUCUUUCCUCCCCUCUUUCCUUACAUCCCCCCCCCCUCUUUCUUCUUUCCUCUUCCUUCACUCCGUUUACAGAGGAACUUGAUAAGAGGCUGUGUAACAUAUCUUAGCACCUCUACCAUGUGGGCUUGAGACCAUGUUCUGCAGGUAGUGGGGUUACAUUACCAUCCUGUAGGUUGUGGGGUUUAUUCCCUUUACUAUAGGUUGUGGGAUUGGGUUCCCAUCCUGAAGAUUGUGGGGUUAAUAUAUUGUCCUAUUGGUUAAGUCCCUUUCUUGCAAGUUUUGCGGUUAAUUCCCCAUCCUGCAGGUUGUGGGCUUAAGUUCUCGUAUUGCAGUUUGAAGGGUUACGUCCCCUUCCUGCAUGUUGUGGGGUUAAUUAAUAUUCCUAUAGGUUGUGAGGAUAAGUCCCCUUCUUGCUGGUUUUGGGAAUAAGUUCCCAUUCCUAUAAGUUGCAAAGUUAAGGCCCAUUUCCCGUAGGCUGUAGGGAUAAGUCCCCUUCCUGCAGGUUAUGGACUUAAGUUCCAUUCCUGCAGGUUGUGGGGUUAAGUCCCCAUCUCUAUGUGUGCGCUGUCUGUGCUGAGCCAUUAGUUGGCACAGCAACACGUAUCCAGGCGAGGGCGUUGUGUGACUCUGUAACUACCCUCUACAGUCUCUGCUUCCACAGGUUGUGUGAUCAAAUCCCCCCUCCCUUGUUGAUAAGAUCCCCCGUCCCGUCAUUGUAUGUGCAUGCAUUAUGACUCCUCCGCCUAACAAUAACCAUGAAUAAAGUUUCUCAAGAUAAGC